AUGGAUUCUGAGCUGCCAUCCGCGGUGCCACUCCGAGCCAAGGCGAAGGGCACGACCCGGAACUGGCUGCAAAAGAAGUUCUUGGAUAACUUUCUGAUAAUUGGUCUGGCAGUGGCCGUAGCUGUGGCUUUGGCUUGGCCGUACCCAGGAGAUGAAGUGUCGCAGCACAAGGUUGGGAGCUUCCGCAUUGUCACAACGGUCAACAUCUGCACCAUUUUUGUCAUCUCCGGCCUGACCCUGGACACCCAAGAUAUCAUCACUGCAAUCACUGCCUUCCGCUCCCUAGCCUACGGCCUCAUAGCUAUUCUCAUCAUAACCCCCACUCUGGGAUUUGGAAUCGUCAAAUUGCCCUUCGAGCCUGAGGAGUUUGCGCCAGGGCUGGCCAUCUUCGCUGCUGUGCCCACAACACUCUCCUCGGGGGUGUCAAUGGUGAACCAGGCUCGAGGCAACACUGCUCUGGCUCUGAUGCUAACGAUCGGCAGCAACCUGGCAGGGGUAGCAACAGUGCCCUUCACGAUUGACCUCAUCAUUGCGCAUGGUGGUAACGUAGAUAUAGACACGUUGGCGCUGUUGGUCAAACUCCUGCUGACAAUCCUGCUGCCAGUUAUUGUGGGCAAGGGCCUCAGGGAACUGGUCCCCUGGCUUCGCCGACUCGCAAAGGAGCACAAGCCAUUGUUGAGCAUCGUCAGCAAUGGCAGCCUUGUGCUGAUCGUCUGGCAGUCGCUCAGCCGGUCAAGGGACCUUGUCCUGGACCAGCGUGGCAAGGAUGUGGGGAUCAUCAUGGCAGCAGCUGCGGGCAUGCACCUCAUUUACUUGGUUUGGAAUUCUGCUGCCACAGUGGUUCUGGCGCUGCCGCCCCGAGAAAUGCGGUCAGUGGUGCUGAUGGCCAGUCAGAAGACGUUGCCUGUGUCCCUCACUGUCAUAUCCUUCCUGGACGAGUCCAUCUGGGACCUGGGCCUUUUGUCGAUCCCCUGCAUCCUGGGCCACCUGGUGCAACUCUUGAUCGAUGCAGUGAUCGUGGCGAGGUGGGCGUCCAUGGGCGACCACAGCACGAUGGACACCAUAAGUUCACUGGGAGCCAUCCGGGGGCCAGGCGCUGAUGACGGUACUGUCAAGGCUGGCAUGAUGCUGGUGAGCAACCCUCUGGCCUCCAAGGACCCUUCUGGUAACGGAGUGGAUGACGGCGGCUACAUGAGGUGCAACGUGGAGGAGGAGGGGGGGUUGGGGGAGCGGGUGCACGGUCGAGAGGUCCCAGCGGCCCUGCAGGCCUUCAGCAUGAGCUCGAGCAGUGAUGACAGCUUCCAGUCGGCGCGCACAGUCUUUUCCACAUCGACCCACAUGUCCCCCAGGGGGUCACCGCACAGCGAGCCCUCCUAG